GAAUAACAUUUUGUACGUGAAAAUAAAAGUCUGCAAUACUGCCGUAAAAUGAACAACAAGGAUCGAGCCAUUAUUUACAGCAAUUUGGAGAAACUGGUGAACAACACCAACUAUAACAUAUUGCGUUCUGAAUGCAUGGAACGAAAUAUGCUCUCGCAGAUAAUGGCGUCUCGUAUUGAGAGCAUGGCGCAAGAUGAAAUCACUCGGCAUAAAAAAUUGUUCGAAAAGAUUACCAAACGUGGUCCCAAAGCGUUCGAUACAUUGCUGAGCAUAUGUCAGCAGAGGUUUCCCAUAGCUUAUUCUAUACUGAAACCUUCUUCGAACGACCAUCAAAUGCAUUCCACGCACAAUCCUCAACGAGUACGAUCGGUCAGCUGCAAUGUUGCCCCAAAGGUGUACUCAUAUCGCGGUCCAGGCGAUGUAGAAGAUGGCAAAAUUAGCAACCUUGCAUCAACCACGCUGGUCGAGGAAAGCAAACACGUCUUGCAAGUUUAUCCAGACAUCCUGCCAACUUCGUUCUCUGUUAAGCUAUCCGCUGGACCAACAGAAACGCACCCGAAAGUACCGGCAUAUCCAAUGAAGAGUCGCAACCGGGGCGUGGCUUUCAUUGUAAAUGUGAUCACCUUUGUGAAAGAUGUUCAUCCUAAAAGAAACGGGGCAGACAUCGAUGGAAGGAAUUUGAUUUCGGUAUUCCAGCAACUGGGAUUCGUUGUGUUCUAUUAUGAGGACAUUACGAUGGGUGAUUUAAAAGAACUGUUGGUACAGUUGAAGGAUUCCGAAUACUUGUCCUGCGAUUGCUUUGCCUUUUACAUUCUCUCUCACGGAGAUCAUCGAAAGGGCAGCGAUUACAUUUUCCUGCACGAUAAUUCAAUCCUACGCGUAGAAGAUCUUUUAACGGAGUUCAAUACCGUUAACUGUACCAAAUUGAUCCGUAAACCGAAAUUGUUUUUCAUUUCUAUUUGUCGCGGAGUUCAAUCCGAUUUGGGAUCGUAUCGUUUAUCAACGAAUACGGAGCGUGACGGUAUGAUUGACUUGAAGAAACCAUUACCGUCAAACAUUGCUACUUACUGUGACAUGCUGGUGUGUUACGCGACUGUACCAGGAUUUGCCGCACAUCGAGAUACCAACACGGGAUCAUGGUUUGUCGAAAGUAUGUGCAAAAUUUGGUCCGAACACGCACACGACACGGAUGUAGAGAUCUUGAUGAAGCUGGUAGGCGAAUAUGCAGCCACGUACCGCACAGAGGCGGCUGCAUUGCAAACUAUCUGCACGGAGCAGAGAGGAUUUUUCAAACAACUGUACUUAAAUCCUGGCUAUUAUGAGUUUCCGGUAGAAUUGUGAUUUUUUUAAUUAAAAAAUUGAAUGGAUAAUUUAUAGAAAUAUGCGCCACGUAAUAGGGAGGGGCAUUAUUUCUUCAUCAUAACUUUUUUUUAUCUACUAGUGCCUUACAUGUUCAGAGAAUGAUAUUUCAUAAUAAGUGUUUCUGACGAGCGCUGCCAAGAACUACUUUAACUAAACGUACUAUAUCAUAAGACAGCAUUACAUUGACAUUACAUUGGUCAUUACCCUAUUCUUAAGUAUAAUACAUAUUAUCAUUUCUUCGAGUAACGUUCAUUGAAAUAAAACUACU